AUGUGGGCAUUCAGAAGAAAUGGAGUCUCUGGGUUUUCCUCAUCUUCCACUGCCGAGGAAGUUACUCGUGAAAUCGAUGCCUCUGGUCUCACUGCUAUUGUUACAGGGGCAUCGAGUGGUAUUGGUGCUGAGACUGCGCGUGUUCUUGCUUUGCGUGGUGUCCAUGUGAUUAUGGGAGUUAUUGAUUUAAUUGGUGCAAGAAAUGUGAAAGAUGCAAUCCUUAAAGAGAUUCCCGCAGCCAAAGUUGAUAUUAUGGAGUUAGAUCUUAGCUCAAUGGCAUCUGUUCGAGAAUUUGCAUCAAACUUCAAUUCUACUGGUCUUCCAUUGAACAUUCUCAUAAACAAUGCAGGAAUUUUUGCAGCCCCUUUCUCAUUGUCUAAGGACAACAUUGAACUGCAAUUUGCCAUAAAUUACUUAGGUCAUUUUCUCUUAACAAAUCAGCUGUUGGAUACUAUGAAGAAAACAACAAGAGAAAGUAAGAUUCAAGGAAGAAUUGUUAACGUCGCCUCAACUAGUCAUCAAUUAACAUAUCGUGAAGGAAUCCGUUUUGACAAAAUUAAUGAUCAAUCAAGUUACAAUAGUUUGCUAGCAUAUGGUCAAUCAAAGCUUGCCAAUAUUUUACAUGCCAAUGAACUUUCAAGAUGUCUCAAGGAAGAAAGGAUAAAUAUUAUUGCUAAUUCUGUUCAUCCCGGUCUCAUUGCCACCAAUAUUUUCGUCCAUAACCGUUUGUUGACUGGUAACUAUCACAUUUUUGGGAGAUCUGUAAUUAAAAUGCUGGAGAGAUUUGUGCUUAAGAAUGUGCAGCAGGGAGCAGCAACAACAUGUUAUGUAGCUUUGCAUCCAGAAGUGAGCAGAAUCAGUGGUGGAUAUUUUGUCGAUAGUAAUCUUGGCAAAGCAUAUUCCCAAGGAACCGACAUAGAUUUGGCUAAGAAACUUUGGAAUUUCAGCAUGGAUUUGAUUAAAUAA